AGAUACUUCUGAGUUGACAACAGCAACUUUAACAAAAUGUUCAAGCUUUUGGUUUUCUUAGUUUUGGUGGCAUAUGCUUCUGCAGGACUCGUCGCCCCAUACGGUUAUGGUCAUGCUUAUAGUCACGCAUACGCUCCUACUGUGAGUUAUGCACCUUCUGUGAGUUAUCAUGCUCCAGCCACCAGCUACGCUAAUACUUACAAGGUUGCCUAUGCUCCUAAAGUAAUUGCAACGCCAUUAAUUGCACCAGCAGUCACUAAAAUUCAUUACGCUACUCCAGUUGCUGCUUAUGUUGCACCUCAUUACUCAGGAUUCAGCGGAUAUGGAUACGGACACAGUGCCUACGGUUUAGGACAUGUUUAUGGACAUGGAUACGGACAUGGUGGAUACGGUUUGGGACAUGGAUAUGGUUUGGGACAUGGUUAUGGUUUGGGACAUGGUUACGGAUAUGGACAUGGGUACUAGAACUAAAUUCAUAAAAAUUAAACCAAACUAAGUGAUGCCUAAGUACCUU